AUUCACUAGAGUCACAGUGGACACACAAUAGACACACUUGGAUCCAGACAAAUGUAUAUGUUGAUAUAAGCGGUGGCGUAAAUUCAAGUGAAAGUUGUACUAGAGUCACAAGUAGAAGCGUUUGUAGCGAGACAAGCCCGAACCAAUCGCUAGCCGUUAGCAUGUAGCCACUGGGCUAGCAAGCUAGGCUCUAGUGCUAGCGGCGUGUAAUUGGUUGACGUGCGCCGGUAGUGUCGGCUCGUCCAUCAACAUUCGGGUGCUGUUGGGACGGAACACACUCCCCAGCGAGCGAGCCAGCGACGCGGACUUGGCGAACACGGAGGCGUCGUUGUGCGCGUCUCAUCCUGCGAGUGAAGAUGAUUAAGCUCUUUUCCCUGAAGCAGCAGAAGAAAGACGAGGAAUCUGCUGGAGGAAACCGAACCGGAGCCGGCGGUAAAAAAGCCAGCGCGGCCCAGCUUCGAAUACAGAAAGACAUCAAUGAGUUGAAUCUGCCAAAGACAUGUGAGAUCAACUUCCCUGACGACGACGACCUCCUCAACUUCAGACUCAUAAUCUCACCUGACGAGGGUUUUUAUAAAGGAGGAAAGUUUGUCUUCAGCUUUAAGGUAGGACAGGGUUAUCCUCAUGACCCCCCCAAGGUGAAAUGCGAAACGAUGGUGUACCACCCCAACAUCGACCUGGAAGGAAACGUCUGCCUCAACAUCUUAAGGGAGGACUGGAAGCCCGUGCUGACAAUAAACUCCAUCAUCUACGGCCUGCAGUAUCUUUUUCUAGAGCCCAACCCAGAGGACCCCCUGAACAAGGAGGCGGCCGAGGUCCUGCAGACAAACCGCCGCUUGUUUGAGCAAAACGUCCAUCGCACGCUGCGCGGCGGCUACAUAGGCUCCAUCUACUUUGAGAGGUGUCUGAAAUAGCUCCGCCCCCGCCCGUAGGAACCAACCGAGGACAUUUUGGGAGGUCCCCUGCCCCGCCCCCUUGUCUCAUUUUUCAUUUCCAUGACUCAGCGUUCAUCGUUCACGCCCAGCAGGACUCGGGGAUCUUGGGAGGGGAGGGGGGGAUGGAAGUGUGGCGGGCCGUGAAUGUUGACGGCGUCACACACGCUUUGACUUUUCAUUUGACAUGAGGCCACGCCGCCGCAAACUCCAAACAAUGUGCCCCCGCAAAGGGGUGGUUGUCGGGCGCGGGGCGGAAGGAUGAGUUUUGAGUUUGCCGUGGGGGCGGGGCUACUGUGGUGGCGGGCGGAAAACGUGCUGAAAAAGAUGGGGCUUAUGAGUUGACAUGUACAUGAAGACUGCAAUGAUUGACGUGAAUAAAAUACCAACUUGAACGAU